AUGGCCGAGCCACACAACACCCCCGUCUCCGGCCCGACUCCUCGCCCAUCCUCUCCCGUGGACGCCCCCGCCCAGUCCGGUGCCCCCGACCGCCAGCCCUUGGCCGCCCCCGGCGAGCCCCGAGUCGUCCUCCACCUCGGCGACCCCAUCCGCUUCAACCCCGACACCCACGCCGCCCUGACCUCGCGCUUUCGCGUCGUCCGCCCCUCGACGCCCGAGCGCCAGCGGCCCCAAUUCAAGCAGGCCCUCGCCGAGGGGAAAUGGGGCGACUUUGAGGGCAUCUUCCGUCCCUUUUGGACGUCGGGAGGUGAGAUGGGCGCCUGGGACGCCGACCUGAUUAACCUGCUGCCGCCUCGGGUCAAGGUGUUCGCGAGUGCCGGCGCUGGAUUCGACUGGGUCGAUACGAAGCAUCUUGGCGAUAGGGGCAUCGUAUACUGCAACGGCGGAGACGCGCCUGCCGAUGGCGUCGCCGACUUUGCCGAGUGCCACGAAAAGGCCCCCGGACAGUCUUCCAACCUUAGGGGCCAGGCUCUAGGGAUCGUCGGCAUGGGCAAAAUAGGCCAACGUAUCGCCAUGCGCUGCCACCACGGCUUCGGUAUGAAGGUGCACUAUUUUGACGUUGAGCGCAAAGACGCCCGCAUCGAGCAAGAAUCGGCAAGUACCUUUCACGAUUCCCUCCAGGGUCUCCUCGGCGCCGUCGACUGCGCCGUCCUCUGCUCGCCCGCCAGCACAGGGGCCGGGGCCCUCAUCAACGCGUCCACGUUGGCCCAGUUUCGCCCCGGCGCUCGCUUCGUCAACAUUGCGCGCGGCGCCCUCGUCGACGAGGACGACCUCGUGGCCGCCCUCGACGACGGCCGCAUCAGCUCCGUCGCCCUCGACGUCCACGCCAAUGAGCCGCACCCCCACGAGGGCCUGAAACAGCUCGCCGCCCGGGGGCGCGCCAUGCUGACCUGCCACAACGCCGGCGGAACGGUGCAGGCCCAUGCUGGCUUUGAGGAGCUGAGCAUGCGCAAUGUCAUGAACGUCUUGUCCGGUGGUCAGCCGCUCUCGGCCGUCAACCUGGGGCACCUGAAGACUGGACGUAAGCAGUCUGGAGCGGCCAAGGGGCUGGGAGAGGUGAAGCGGUGA